UAUAAAUAAUGGACAUUUAUCUAUUGUGGUGCCAUACAAAAGAUUUACAAUGAAGUUUCAGCUACUUUACUCCCUCACAAUUUGUUUGUUAGCUUUUGUAGCAAGUAGUGAUGCAGCUAUAUCACCAGAGGUUUAUUGGAAAAUAAAAAUGCCCAACACUCGUAUGCCCAAAGUGAUCAGAGAUUUCCUUCCCCAAGCAGAGAAUGACGUUGGUGACACAAAGGAGAAAGUAUACUAUGGUUUGCACCAACAUGGAAUCUUGGUUUUUAGUGCUGCUACUGAUGAACAGAUUCAUGACCUAAAAAGGGAAACCCCAAAUGCACAUCUUCGACAAGUAAUUCAAGAAAGUAUUAUUAAUAGUGAUUUUCAAGAUAAUAAUUUCCUUUACAAACCUUACUUCUUAGAAAACGACUUGGAAAAAGGAAACAUCGUCAAUUUUCCCUCUCUAAAAAAUAAAAACGAAGCACCGAUUUGGCCUAGACAAUUUGUUGAAUCGAUUCCCUUCUCAUCGAAAAAAAUUCCAGAAAUUCUAAACCAUUUCUCAAUAAAUAGUUCAAAGGACGCUCAAACAAUCAAGGAAACAAUUAAAUUUUGUGAAGCGCCAGGGAAGAAAGGACAAAAGCAAAAUUGUGCAACUUCUUUGGAGUCUAUGGUAGAUUUUGGGAUAUUCAUGCUUGGAACAAACAAUGUUAAGGUAAUUGCAACGGAAGUACAAGUGGAAAAUCAAAUGUUGUUGCAAAAAUACACUAUUGAAGAAGUUGAACAAAUAGGUGAGGGGGUUAACAUGGUAUGCCACAAACUUAACUACGCGUAUGCAGUACAUUUUUGUCAUGGUGGAGGAAGUACGAAGACAUUUAUGGUAUCGAUGAUUGGUGUUGAUGGAACAAAAGUUAAAGCAGUAUCGAUAUGUCACAAAGAUACAUCUCUUUGGAAUCCCAAAGGAUUGCCUUUUGUAGUGCUUAAUGUUAAGCCUGGAACUACGCCAAUUUGUCAUUUCCUUCAAGAUGAUCAAAUCGCCUUUUUACCUUAUCAAGAGGUCUAACAAAAUGGCCGAAGGGUUAAAAUGGAACAAGGUUGAGUUGGAGUGCCAAAAUGAAAUUUAGGAACAGUCGAUCACUUGAGUUGUUUAAUCCACAAAGUAUCUGUAGUUUGUGUCACGCUAUUAUUUAUGCAACAAUGUCUAGUUUGAUAAUAAUAAUAAUUGUAACAACUUCCGAACUAUCUACUUUAGCGAUGUUACAACUUCUGAACUAUCCGAUAUGCCAUAGGGACAUCAACUCUUUAACUCUUUGUACAUUUAUUUUUCUUUGCCCAAAUAU